AUGGUUGAGCUUGACGUUGGAAGCCCUUCCGCCAUGCACGUAAGCAUUCGUCCCAACUCCAUGCACAAAGAAUAUCAUCAUCACGGAACAACUACUCAUCCUGACGUCCUAGAAGACCAAAUCGUCAACAUUCCAAUCAUCGGGCCGGCCAUGGAGUUAGAAUUGAGAAAGUUUGUUGACAGUGACUGCGAGAGUUUGUACGCUAGAGCCUUCGACGUCUUUGCUUCGUUGCAGCUGGAAUUUAUAGACAUGAUGAGGGUUUCUUUCAAGAUGUACAGUGGAAUAAUCAAAAGUAUUUUGGAUACUAAGUACGACGAUCGAAGGAAUAUCAAGUACGUAUUGAGCGUGGAGAUUACAGUUUGCAGUCGAAUAUUGUACUGUGAUGAGUACGCCACAUCUGGUAUGAUUCCCGCAACCGAGUCAUCCAUUGACAAUUUGGAGAUGGAAACCCUACUCGGUCAUCCUGAUCCUGAGGAGAUCAAUUUUCCUGAAUGUAGUAUUUGUUUGGAAAAUAUUGGCUAUGUCAUGGAUUGUAUGCCUUGCCAUCAUGUAUUUCAUCGUUUUUGCAUUCGGAAGUGGCUAAACACUAGCCAUUAUUGCCCGCUCUGCCGCUUUGAGAUGCCAAUUAGUUGCUGA